AUGCCAGGAGAAAUGAUAACUCUCCAGCUCGGACAGUGCGGAAAUCAAGUUGGUUUCGAGUUCUGGAAACGUUUAUGUGCAGAACAUGCUAUUGGACCUGACGGUGUUCUCGAGUCGUUUGCCAUGGAUGGAACUGAUCGGAAGGAUGUAUUCUUUUAUCAGGCCGACGACGAGCAUUAUAUUCCACGAGCAAUUCUCAUGGACCUCGAGCCCCGUGUCAUCCACGGCAUUAUGACUUCCAAGUACAACAAGCUGUACAACUCGGAGAACAUCUUCCUGUCGAAGAGGGGCGGCGGCGCGGGCAACAACUGGGCCUCCGGUUACAGCCAGGGGGAGCUGCUGCUCGACGACAUCUUCGACAUCGUCGACAGGGAGGCCGACGGCGCCGACCGCCUCGAGGGUUUCAUGGUGGUCCACGCCAUUGCUGGCGGCACUGGGUCCGGCGUGGGAUCUCUCAUCAUGGAACGCCUCUCUGAUCGCUACCCCAAAAACAUCGUCAACUCUUACAGCGUGUUCCCCAACCAGGAUGAACUAAGCGACGUGGUGGUGCAGCCGUACAACUCCCUGCUGACGCUGAAGCGCCUGGUGCGCAACGCGGACUGCGUCGUCGUGUUGGACAACACGGCUCUCAACAGGAUCGCGUGCGAUCACCUGCAGAUCGCAAACCCGUCCUUUGAGGACAUCAACAGCCUCGUCUCUACUGUGAUGUCUGCUGGAACCAGCACGCUCAGGUACCCGUCUUACGCAAAGAACAACCUGGUGAGCAUCGUUGCACCGCUGAUUCCCACUCCAAUCCUGCACUUCCUGAUGACAGGCUACACUCCUCUAACUCCACCAUCAGAGACCUAUUCGACGCGCAGGACAUCUGUAAUGGACGUGAUGCGGUGUCUCUUGCAGCCAAAAAACGCCAUGGUGUCGACGCAACAGGACAGAACGCUGCCUCACUGCUACAUCUCUCUUCUCAACAUUAUUCAAGGGGCGGACAACCCCAGCGAGGUGGAGAGGUCGCUGUCGCGCAUCCGCGAGCGGCGGCUGGCGCGCUUCAUCCCGUGGGGCCCCGCCAGCAUCCAGGUGGUGCUGGCUAGGCGCUCCCCCUACCUGCCGCCGGCGUCGCGCGUCAGCGGGCUCAUGCUCGCCAACCACACCAGCAUCGCCAGCCUAUUCGAAAGGACAAUUGACCAGUACAACAAGCUACGGAAACGGAAGGCUUUCCUGGACCAGUUCCGCAAGGAGAAGAUCUUCAAAGAGAACCUGGACGAGCUGGACGACGCGCGUGCGGUGGUGGAGGACCUGGCCGCCGACUACCAGCAGGCGACGGCUGCCGGCUACCCCACGUGGCGGCAGCAGCGGGAGCUGAGCCGGCGCGCCGAGGCGGAGGCGCAGCAGGCGCAGCAGGCGCAGCGGAGCGCCGACGACGGUGCCGAGGCGUUCGAGUAG